CAUCUGCAGCAUCAGCCUCUGAGCUGAGCGACAGAGGUACCGCUGUGGCGCAGGAGAAAACACCGUUAACUGAGCACUGGACGGAUUUAUUAGAUUAUUUUUUAUUUUUUUAAUUUCGUCUCUGUUUUAUAUGUCUGCGUGUGCGCUCACGCAGUUUGACCUGCAAUGCCAACACGAACAAAAUAUCUCUUCUCCGAGCACGGGGUCAUUAGAUAGCUGAAAUUAUACAAGUCUUUCCACACUGAGCUGCCAUCACAGGAGAGGACAGCAUUUUUCUUUUUUUCUUUUUUUUUUUCCAGGGGAGACGAGUCUGGUCGAGGAGACGAGGCCCGAUCAGGAUAGUGGCUCUGAUAUAAGUGAUCCGAUUAAGGAUAAUUACCAUUAGACCAUUAGUCUGGUCUCUAUUAAAUACUGGUAUCGUGUAGCCUGUAAGAGGUAGCCAUUUGUUUCCUACCGUAGCGCAUGCAAAUUAAUUAUAUAUGCACUGGCAUGUAAAUGUAUUGUAGACGUUAAUUCAGUAGCUGGCAUGUUGCACUCAUGAACACACAUUUAUUAUAACCUCUGAGUAUCUGUGCUGUCUGUAAAUUGCCAACAUUUAGAGCAGAGCAUGUGGCCCCAGGCAGGUCUAAUGAUUGCUCUGUGCAUCUCACACUAGCAGGACCUCAGGGAAAAAAAACGAGAACCAUAACCUCAGGGUGCGGAUCUGGGGAUCACUGUGAGUCAACAGAUAAUCUGGAUCGUGUCAUAAGCUACUUGAUACAUAAUAGCAGAAAGGUCAGUGGGUGUAUAUAAAUUCGGAGUGAACUGUCUCAAAAGGAGCAAUAAUUUGAGGCAAUAAAUUCUGCAACCAACAGGAAACCUGCUGGCUUGAGCCAAAGACCUAAGUGGUUCCACAGGACAGUAAAGUUACGUGUAGACAGUUUGCACUUUACAAUGCAUGUUUAGCUGCUAGUUGCCACCAACACAUGAUAUUAGCCUGCACUUUAAAAAAAACAAAACAAGUACAGAUAAGCUUCUUAAAAUCUAUAACAGAAUAUUUGCAAAUAUCCAUUCUGCUAUUGCAAACUUGGAGGUGCUCAGUUUGUGAGUGUCACUAGGGCCUGUGAAAGCUUCAAGAACCAUUUUAGGAUUGUACUUUUUGAGGCCCUUCGUCUAAUAAAACAUCCGGAGACAUGGCGCUACCACGCAUUCUGCUCUUUGCCUUUCUCUGCACGCUGUUUGUGUACCAGUGCCACGGGGCCUGUGCAGAGGUGGACUCGGACACUGAGGCUGUAGCAGGCAAGGGCUUCAAGCUGGGUUGCAUCUCCUGCAAGAGGAGGAGUGAGGUGCCAGGUUCUGCCACCAUCGAAUGGCACUUCAGGGCCAAAGGGGACGCUGACUUUGUUCUGAUCUACACCUACAAUGAGGAGGGCCCCACCAUUGAGCACGACCAAUUUCUGGAUCGCGUCGACUGGAAUGGAAGCAAAAGGAGCAACGACAUCCAAGAUGCGUCCAUAUAUCUGCUGAACGUCACCUUCAACGACUCGGGCACCUACAGCUGCUUUUUCAACCGCAUCCUCUUCUACGAUAACUACGAGUACAAAGACGUUGUCAGCAAAGUGGUCCACCUCUCUGUGGUGGGAAAAGCCACCAGAGGUACGGCUUCCAUCGUGUCAGAGGUCAUGAUGUACGUGUCCAUAAUCGGCCUGCAGCUCUGGCUCCUCAUAGAGAUGAUUUACUGUUACAGAAAGAUAGCAGCAGCUGGGGAAGAAGCCUUACGAGAAGCCGCAAAUGCUGAAUAUUUAGCAAUAGCCUCGGAAAGUAAAGAUAACUGUGCGGGGGUGCAGGUCGGAGAAUAGCACAGGCUUUCUUCACGGACUGAAAACAUCCUUCCACACGGUGACCUGCAUGACGACAACCUGAGGGAAAAGCUCUUCAUCUCAAGCAUCUAUUUUUCCUUCUCCCUGACAAACAGAACAAAUGGAUAUGACACACUACGAGAGCAUGGUACCAGCACUGUAUAUAGUACUCUGUGCACAAAAGCAUGUUCUGCACUUAUAUGAGAAACCAUUAUGCAUUAAUGAGCCACAUCAUCUGAAGCAUAUACUGUACAUUCAGUAUUUCCCUUUGAGUAUGUGUAGUCAUGCAUUUAUAUUUGAUGUAAGUGGUGUUCUGGGGGAGGUUUGCGGGGAGUCCACGAGGCUGAUCGUCUGAGAAAGCUUUUUACUAAAUCAUCACCACGUAAUGUAUAAAUGAGACACACAAUAUGUAUUGUAAGUAAUUUAUAAAAUAGAAUGUGAUGAGCUACAGUAUUUCCAAGUUAACUGCUAGUUGUACAUUCAGUGAAACCUAAAGAUGUAUUAAUAAAAAUGGAAAACAAAAUGUGA